CGUGAUUAGAGGAGCACACGCAUGUGACGUCGGAUGGCUUACUUCCGGGUUCUCGGCGGCAGGUACACUAUGGGCUUCCUGGGGCAAGUGGCUACAUGGUGACCUAGAUCUCAGGGGUCACAGUGCUUGGGGGUACAGAGUGUGUAUGGGUCACAGUGCUGGGGGGGUACAGAGUGUGUAUGGGUCACAGUGCUGGGGGGGUACAGUGUGUAUGGGUCACAGUGCUGGGGGGUACAGUGUGUAUGGGUCACAGUGCUGAGUACAAGAAUUAAUCAAUAGGUCUACAGUGGGGGGUACAGGUGUGUAUGGGUCACAGUGCUAUGGGGGAAUUUACAGAGUCUUGUAUGGGUCACAGUGCUGAGGGGGGUACAGGUGUGUAUGAGUCCUGGUGGGGGGUACAGAGUGUGUAUGGGUCACAGUGCUAUGGAAGGGGUUACAGAGUGUGUAUGGGUCACAGUGCUGGGGGGUACAAGAGUGUGUAUGGGUCACAGUGCUGGGGGUACAGAGUGUGUAUGGGUCUGCUGGGGGUACAGGGAGUGUGUAUGGGGUACAGAAUUUUAAGUGUGUAUGGUCUAGUGCUAUAGGGGGAGUACAGAGUGUAUGAUCACAGUGCUGGGGGGUACAGAGUGUGUAUGGGUCACAGUGCUGAAAUUUACAGAGUGUGUAUAUAGGUCUACAGUGCUGGGGGGUGCAAGUGUGUAUGGGUCACAGUGCUGGAAAUUUACAGAGUGUGUAUGGGUCACAGUGCUGGGGGUGGCUAGCAGAGUGUGUAUGGGUCACAGUGUGAGGGAAUUUUAGUGUGUAUGGGUCACAGUGCUGAGGGGUACAGUGUGUAUGUGAACCACAGUGCUGAGGUACACAGUGUGUAUGGGUCACAGUGCUGGGGGCCACAGUGUGUAUGGGUCACAGUGCUGGGGGGGUACAGUGUGUAUGGGUCACAGUGCUGGGGGUACAGUGUGUAUGGGUCACAGUGCUGGGGGGUACAGGCUGUGUAGGUGGUGGGGAUGUAUGGACAGGUAGCAGGUUUGGGAUGCAGUGCUAUGGGGGGGUACAGAGUGUGUAUGGGUCACAGUGCUAUGGGGGGGUACAGAGUGUGUAUGGGUCACAGUGCUAUGGGGGGGUACAGAGUGUGUAUGGGUCACAGUGCUAUGGGGGGUACAGAGUGUGUAUGGGUCACAGUGCUAGGGGGGGUACAGAGUGUGUAUGGGUCACAGUGCUAGGGAGGUGCAGAGUGUGUAUGUGCAAGAUGAGGAUUUUAUAGCAAUGACUUGUGUAGCAAAGAUUAUGGUAGUGGAUGACGAGACUGAGAAAGGGAGGAGAUUGCAGGGAAGGAAGAAGGGCUGCCAUGAUUCUGGGUCAUUUAGUAAAGAUUUAUGUAUUUCACACAAUUUUAUGUUUGAAAGGGCUAUGUAAUGGUUUUGAAAUAUGUUCCCCCCACAGUUUUUAAUUUGCAACAAAUACAUGAUUUAUUUUGCAGCACACUGUGCCUUCUUUUGAAAAACCCCAAGGCAUGAAAUAAAGGCAUACUAAGCUCCCAUUAUGUUGAAAUGUGAUAUUGCAACAGAGAUCCAGGCCCUGUUCAAUAAACGAUUCCAGUAUGUGAAGGAUACAGACUGGGUUCUUCCUGAUCUCUCCGAGGCCUUCAUAUGUGAACAUGAGGAGUUUAGUACGCUUCAAGUCUUCAAAAGCUCCCUGAACAAAGUCAAGAACCUUCUCAGCGACAAAAAGUUGGAUGACUGGCAUCGACACACAUCGUUCACAAACAGGGCAGGCAAGAUAGUGUCAGAGGUGAGAAAAUUUGCUAAUGCUGAGCUCUGCACACAGGCUUGGUGUAAAUUCCAUGAGAUUGUGUGUUCAUAUCCUCUUCUACCUCUUGAAUCUCUAUGGAACAAGGAGUUAAACACCAUUCAUAUUUGUGAAGCCCCAGGAGCCUUUGUAUCCAGCCUCAACCAUUUCCUAAAAUCCCAAGAUAGGCAUUGUGAUUGGAACUGGGUAGCCAAUACUCUUAACCCUUACCAUGAAGCCAACGAUGGGCUAGUUAUGAUUGCCGAUGAUCGCUUGAUUGCCAACACGUUGCCUUGGUGGUUUUUUGGUCCUGACAAUACCGGGGACAUCAUGAGUCUGAAACACCUGUUUGAGUUACAGCAUUUCACCAGCAAUAUGUCUACUGUCCAUCUAGUUACCGCAGAUGGAAGUUUUGAUUGUCAAGGAAAUCCUGGGGAGCAGGAGUCUCUCGUGUCUCCUCUUCAUUACUGCGAAGUUGUCACCUGCCUGAUGCUGCUUGGCCAGGGAGGAUCUUUUGUCUUGAAAAUGUUCACCCUGUUUGAGCAUUCCUCUGUCAACCUCAUGUACCUCCUGAACUGUUGCUUCGAUCAAGUACACGUUAUCAAGCCAGGAACAAGCAAAGCCGGAAACUCCGAGGUCUAUAUCGUAUGCCUAGGUUACUUGGGCAAAGAUGCACUUGAGGGUCUUCUAUCUAAAAUGACUGAGAAUUUUGGAAAGCAGAUUGCGAACAAGUCUCUAUUCCCUCAAAAAUCCAUCCCAGCUUCCUUCCUCAGGUGCCACGAGGAAUGCUGUGAUGUGUUCUACAAGCAUCAGACAGAGACUAUUAUGGAAAAUCUCCAUCUGUUUUCAUGUAUGGGGGAGCAAGAAAAAUUCCGUCUGAAUGAAUUGCGGGAUUAUGCAGUUACAUACUAUAUCAGUAAUUUCCAUGUUAAACGCAUUCCCCGGAAGCAGUGGCUUGUGAAGAAUCCACAGUUUGGGUGCAGUGUGAACAGUCGAUGGGUGGGAGUCCGGGCCUGUCGUUCAGAGUCUUUUAAUGAAAGGAAGCAGCUGGAAAUGCUGAGCUGGGCAGAGAAAGUGGCCAAUGGCUUCUUUAGUCCUUGGUUAAAAGAGCAUGUUCAGAAGAACCUUGGAGCUGAUUGCUUUCUGCAGUUACCAUACGAUGAGUUAAAAACCAAUGAAUGGUUCAUUGUGGAGGGGAAACAACUUGCUAGGAUCCACAGCUCACCUUUCUGUGAUAGUAGACUGUUAAAAUGUUUAAAUGAAACCAUUGAUGAAUGCUUUUCGAUCAUCUCAAUGGGUCCCGAAGUGUUCCCAAGCUGUCCAAUGUGCAGCUUUGUGACAGAGGAGGCUGUUUGUUUGGAGUUACUAAGGAUGUCUAAGAGCAGAGAACACUUCAUAGUCUGUGGAGCUCAUUCUCUCUUUCAGUUUCUCAAUGCCCAAAACAUACCCUGUGAUUUUAUUGACUCCCCUCUCGAUUUCAGGAGUUUAUCUGUCCUCCAUGAUGGAGAUCCUGCCUAUCAGAAGGUGCUUCUUACUUGGAUAUUGCAGGGCUUGCAACAGACGCGAGAUGGCGGCUCCUUGGUUCUUCCUAUCCUCUCUUCCUUCACUCGUUUUACGGCCAGUAUAGUCUACAUCCUGUAUCACUGCUUUGAGUUGAUUACAUUCACCUGUCCAACUAGCAGCCUCGCUCUGGGAACAGAUGCCUUACUGAUUUGCUCUGGGUUCAAUGCUUCCCCAGCCCCUACUGUGGAUUAUUUGUGCCAAUUAAUGGAAAGGACAGAGGAGUUAAGGGGCUCCGGAGUCACCCAGCAGGUGUUGGAGUUCAUACCCAUGGACGCUCUACUACAGGGGCCCUUGCUGGCAUUUUUAUGGACCCUCAAUACUGUUAUUCUUGAAUACAGACUGCAUGUAUUUGGGCAGCUAGAAUGUGAAAAGGCUUGUAAAAAGCAGUUACAUGAUAUUCCCCAAAAUGGAGGCCAAACGUAAGCCUUCCAGCAGUACGUGGCCAUUAACGGAUUAGUUUUGUGUAUGUUUGCACCUUUGUAUCAGGCAAACAUGUGUGUGUGCUUUUUUUUUGUAACUUUUUAUUGUCAGUACCUGCCGAUACACUCUAAUGCCUUCCAUGGCUUUUCAUAGUUUCCUAAGCCUGUUCUUUCAGCAAUGUAUCCAUUAAGCUGUGGUUUUUCCUUUCAUUUCCCCCCCUAGGCAUUGUUCCUUUUUUAUUCCGCUAUGCUUUAUGUAAAGCCCCAAUCAUGCCGGUCUUGUCAUUGUGUAAUAAAUGAUGUCCAAGUUCCGAGGUAAUCGCUGUUAAGAUUAUACCACAUUGGUUCAUGUGCUAUUGUUUUGUUUUACUGCAACAUACACAUUAAACUAUCAUACUUUUUUUUAAAAUGUGCUAGUGACUUUUUUUUAUUUAUUUUUUUGAUAGCUGAUUUCUGAGCUUGUGAGCAUC